AUGUCUCUCAAGAACGACGCUUUCCCCUCCUCCGCCGCUUUCGACGUCAUUAACCAGGUCCUUCAGUCCGACGCCGCGGAGCGCAAGGACGCCGUCGACAAGGCCAAGGCUGUCGUUGCUUUCAACCUCAAGAACGAGCAGGGUCAGGAGGAGAGCUGGUACCUCGAUCUCAAGGAGAAGGGUGAGGUUGGCAAGGGCGCUGCCCCCAAGGGUGGAAAGGCCGAUGUCACCCUCACUCUGUCCGAUGCCGACUUCGCUUCUCUCGUCAGCGGCAAGGCCAACGCUCAGCGCCUGUUCAUGGGCGGCAAGCUGAAGAUUAAGGGCAACAUCAUGAAGGCGACCAAGAUGGAGCCCAUCAUGAAGAAGGCCCAGGGCAAGGCCAAGCUAUAG